UCUAAUCUUGUUUUAUCUGUAUUCAUUGGAAAUGCUAUUCAAUUGUCAACGAGCUACGUAUAAAAUAUUUAAUAUUCUGCGUGGUUUUAUAAUAAAACAUUUAUUAAUAUACAAAUUUUGAUAUAUGCAAUUGUAUUGAAACAAGAAAUUGUAUAAAAAAUAAUCGUUCUGUGAAUAUAUAUAAACGUCAAAUUGCCGAGUGCGAAAUUAUAGUGAAAAAACUUAUUGCUAUUGUUUGUGGAAUGUAAAUUUUAUAAGAUAUAAUUAUUACAAUGUUAAGUCAACAAUAUCCAAUUUUAACUCACGUUGAAUCUCAUAUUAAGCCACUUUUAAUGGAUGUUCUGUCAACUGAUAAAAUUGGAGUAUGCCAUGGAUCAGUUGAAUUACAUUCUGUAUCAUCCAGCUGUGGCAAAGUAGAAGGAGAUCGUUUUAGAUUACUUAUUCCUUAUGCCAGACAGAAUUUAGCUUGGAAUGUAUUUUUUGACUCACAGUAUCCUGAAAUGGGUCCUGACUUCAUAUUUAAUGAUAAUUCCUUCUUAGUAGAUACAGAUAUUAAUACUUUGUCUGUUAAAGUACCUAGCCUUACCGAAUGGAAUCCUAAUGAUAAACAUGCUUUAUUGAAUGUUCUUAUUGAACUUUUAUCAUGUUAUAAACAACAUCAGAUGCAGUUACUUCAGAAACAAGACAAAUUACAACUUGAAUGUAAUAUGCUAAUGACAUCAACAGAAGUAAAGCCAGAAGAUGUUGAAAUGAUAUUACUACCAUUUGGCUCAAAACCUACAGAGGCUAGAUUUGUAAUAAGUUUAUCUGUGGAUGUAUCACAGUUAGAAGCUCGUACUUAUAAGUCAGAAAGUGAUGCAGCAAUGCUUCUUAUAAUAUUUUCUGGGACAGAUUGGAAUCGUAUUAUAGCACAUAUCUUUUUCUCAAAAUCUUUGGAAGAAGCUCUUGGUGGACCAAGAGCAUUAAACUUACCACCAUUACCACCAAAUAAAUUCUUGAUAGAUUAUAUACCAGAAGUAAAAAAAUGUAUAACAGACAAGAUAAAUUCAAUAAAUCAAAGUUUAAUAAAAAGAAGAGAAUAUAUAUCAGCUAUAUUAGCAGUACAGUUUCCUUCUGUUCAAGAAUGGGAUAGUGUAAAGUAUAGUUAUAUAACGAUGGUUUUAAGUGAUCAAGAAGACUUUCAUGUUAUGGUAAAGAUAGAACUUCCUGCAGGAUUUCCUAAUGAAAAACCUAUAAUUUUACUUAAUUCAUUAUACCAUAUGGAAGGACCUCACAGUGCAUAUAGUGAAGUUUUUGAAGAUUUUCCAUAUAAAGUAAAUUGGGAUUCAUUUUUUAAGGUCAAAAAAUUACUUUUAUGUAUUAAACAUGCUAUUAAGUCAUUUAAACAGAAUACGGUUAAAAAUUAUUGUUCAUAAUAAUAAUCUAGUUUAUGAUCAGUUUGUUACAUUUAUUCACAACUUAAUUUCUGUGUUAACUAUUUACAUUAACUUCUUUAUAUAACAAAUGUGAUAUGUAUUUGUAAUGUAUAUAUAGAUAGAAUUAUUUUUUGAGUUCUCUUUAAAAAUAAUGACAAACAUAUUCAAGUAAUAUUAAGGUACAUAAAAUAUAAUAUAUUUGUCAUGUAAAAAAAGUGAUUAAAAUUUUAUAUAAUAAUUAA